CAGCAGUAGUUUGAUGUAAUGGAGGGGAUGGGCGAGUCAGUCCGCCUACACGGGCUUUGUGUUGAUGUUCAGGCGGUGCAACAGCGCUGACAGUCCGCGACCAGAACAACACCAGAGAACAGCAUUCCCGACACCCAUCCACCAUAAAGAGAGGAAGAGAGGGAGAGAGGGAGAGAAAGAGGACAGACGGUGUUUUGGGCGAUUUGACUGUAAGGGAGUGGAGCUGGACUGAAUCAUGGCCACUUCAACGUCUUGCACGGGCUCCACACUGCUGCAGCCAAUUAGUACGAUUAUUGAUCUGCCACUGGACCAGGUGAACUUUGUGGUAUGCCAGCUCUUCGCCCUGGUCACGGCCUUCUGGUUCAGACUCUACUUGCACCCUAGCAAGACAAGUCCCUUCAUCCGGCAUGUAGUCGCCACCCUGCUGGGCUUCUAUUUGGCCCUCUUCUGCUUUGGCUGGUAUGCCUUACACUUUCUGGUACAGAGCGGUCUUGCUUACGGCGUUAUGAUCUUCACAGGGGUGGAACACAUGCACAAAUACUGCUUUGUGGUUACACUGGGAUAUCUCAGUUUCUGCCAGGUCACAAGAGUCUAUGUGUUUGACUACGGAAUGUACUCAGCAGACUUCACUGGGCCCAUGAUGGUCAUCACACAGAAGAUCACAAGUUUGGCCUUUGAGAUUCAUGACGGCUUGAUGAAGAGGGAGGAGCACCUAAAGCCCAGUCAGAAGUAUCUUGCUGUCAGGAAGAUGCCCAGUCUGCUGGAGUACCUGAGUUAUAACUGUAACUUUAUGGGGAUCUUGGCUGGCCCGACCUGCUCCUAUAAUGAUUACGUAGCCUUUAUAGAAGGCCGAUACUACGAGCCCAAGCACCUGGAGUCAAACGGCAAAGAGAAUGGGAAAUUCAAGCAGUGUGACCCUUCACCUAAGAGGGAUGUGAUCCAGAAACUGUGCACGUGUGCUCUGUCACUAAUGGUUUAUUUGGUGAUCUACACCGCCUGCCCUACAGAGCGUGCCAUCAACGACACCUUUAUGGCCUCUAACCCUUUCUACAUCCAGGUCUUGUACCUCUACAUCUCCAUGUUGGCUUUACGCCCCAAAUACUACUUUGUAUGGACGUUAGCCGAUGCCAUCAACAAUGCAGCUGGUUUUGGGUUUAAUGGCUAUAACACAGAUGGCACCCCAAAAUGGGACAGAAUAUCAAAUUUAAGAAUACUCAAUAUUGAGUUUGCCACCAGCUUCAAGAUGUUCUUGGAUAACUGGAACAUUCAGACAUCACUUUGGUUGAAAAGAGUGUGUUAUGAGCGCUGCCCGUACAAUCCGACUGCGGCCACAUUCCUCCUCUCAGCCAUCUGGCACGGAGUUUACCCAGGGUAUUACCUGACCUUCAUCACAGGCAUCGUUGUAACAAUGGCAGCACGGGCAGUAAGACACAAUGUGCGGCAACACUUCUUGGGCUCAGCCACACUCAAGCUCAUCUAUGACGUGAUCACGUGGUUCAGCACGCAGAUGGCCAUUUGUUACACUGUUGUGCCAUUUGUGCUGCUGGCAGUGGGGCCUUCACUAAAGUUUUAUAGCUCGUGGUACUGCUGCGUUCACCUGCUCUGCGUGUUGCUGGUGCUGGUUUUACCCGUGAAGUCCAGACGCACGAAACAACAGGAACAGCUGGGCAUCGUUCAGGCCAGUGAACAGAACUGUAUCUCCUCUCCUGACAGCAACUGCAACCAGAAGCAGAAAGCCACAUGAGGGCAGGAAGGGCUGCUCGACCCAUACACAGCGCUGUGAGGAACUCUAAUAUCAAUACUGAGAGACACAGAGCGGCCAUUUCCUCCCUCAAAUCCAACAACACUUGACAGUGACAUAAACUCCAGCAACAAUACAGCGAAAAGAGACCGUUGACCCUAUAGUCGCCCUGUUGGAGAUGGGUUUUAAACAAGAAAAUUUUCAUAGGAUCAUAUGAAAUUGGGGUGAUUGAUUAUUAAAAUGGUGUAUAAUUGACUUCAAUGUCAGUAAAUCUGAAGUUGCCUUAAACCCUCCAUAUAUUUAGGGCCUGAAGCCUCGUAUGGGGAUAGUGUUACAUAGGAACGGACCAGUCAUUGUUGGCUUAUAGCUUCACUACAUUAGUGCGGGAAGUCUAGCACUGGAAUCAACUUCCAUGAUACCUAGAAGGUUUCUGCCAUUGUCAAUUUAACAAAGUAACCUCUCUUUUAGUUCUUCUCAAAGGAAAUGCGUGCGGUAAAUGAAAAGAAACAAGUCCAGUUGCGUGUUGCCAAACUUCUAGGCCUUAGGUUCCUGUAUCUUGCCAUUGUUUCAUCUUUAUUCUUUCUUAAUUUCUGUGGGUUUCUUUCUAGUAGGUUCAUAUCUGCUGCUCUCUUUCUCAGCCUUUGUCAACAUCUUUGGAACAAGGGUCAACUGUAAGAGUUUGUUGUCAUUUGAAAUAUGUUUGCUAUUUUUGUUUAUUAUUUUUUUAACUUUAAUUUUGGUUGGAUUAAGGGUUAUAUUAAUGCUCUUUUUUUUUUAAUGGGUUAGUGGGUUUCCUCAGGGCACACAGGUCUUGUUUUAGACCAUUUUAGAUUUUUCUCUAACAUCUGCGUUUCUCCCGCAACAUAGACCCCAUCUGGAGAAAACAGAAGACAGUUCAAUAGUAUUCUAUAUCACAGCUUGUUUGUGUUUUUAUGUUACAGACAGAUAUGGUAAGUGCAAUAACUGUAUUGUUUCCAUAGGUGCAUGUUAAUGGGGAAAAAAAAGAAAAGCUUUGCAAACAGUGCUAACGCUCUCAUCACAUCAACAAUAGUCAGAAUUUUGUAGUGGUUCAGUAUUUAAGUACACUACCAGUCAAAAGUUGGGACAAAUCAGAUUUGUUUCUCUUGAUCUUAAAAACCUGUUGACCUAAAGGCGUAUGUUUGAAGUUAGUAAAUAUGAAUAUAAAUAUUGCCAACAUAGUAAUUUAGUUUUAAAUUUAAACAACUAUUUAGUUUUAAUAGUGUCUUUUAUUUAUUUAUCUUUUUUGUUCAUCUUAUCUAUUGUUUUGUUUUUUUCCCUUGGUUUUGUUUUUUGUUUUGUUUUAUUUUGGCUUUGUUUUUUGUUUUGCCUCAUAGUGUUGGAAAAGCAGCCAACAGCAGUGCUCAGCAUGCUUGGGAACUACAUAAUUCCCAUAUUUCCAUUUGUUAUUUUAUAGUUUUCAUGACUGUAUUAUUCUAAAAUGUGGAAAACUGUAAUAAUAAACUCUUAACUUUUUAUUGGUAGUGUACUGUACAUGCAGUAAUCAGAUACAUGCAGUUUUAACUUUUAUUUAAUAUCCCCCACCACCACCACCAUGGAUACAUCAAUACUCAUGGGCCCUAAAGAAACCUACAAGUUGUGUGAUUUCAUAGAAGAUGUUUUCUUCAACUUUGAUCCACUAAAAGGCCUCAGAGGGUCUUGCUCAUUUGAUUCAAGCGUCUGGAAAAUCAGACCUCAUCAUAUUCCCCCGAAUCUACUUUUUGAUAUGUGUAAUUAUGUUGAUGCAUUUAUUUACGACUAAACGUUUUAUGCUUUGUUCAAAGCGACUCUAUAUGUUAGUUUUUUUGUUUUGUUUUCAUUUGGUAAUGAAGGGCUGAAGGGACUAAAGCAUUUACCAAAGCGAGUCUCACUGGAUUUUUGUUAACUAAGCAAGUUCAGUAACAAGAAAAACACAUUCUUGAGCGUGAAGUUGACCAGCCUCCAUUUGGAGAAAACGCUCUGAACCAGCCCCUUGUGGUUUCGUAAGCACACUUCUCAAGUCUUAUUGUAUUUGGACUCCAGAAAUGUAAAACCAUGAUGAAUUAUAGCCUUGUACCAACAGUUUUAGUAACUGCAAAGCCAAUAUAAAGAUUAAUAAUCAGCAACUCUGCUGGUACGGCUGCUGGGAACAUCCAGAUAUAUACUGCAUCAUUUCUCUUUUUACCCUUUUUGUCUCUUUUUCAUAAAGGUUUUGCUUAAUGAACUAAUUGUUUUAACUGCCCAUAGGCAAUAUGUCCCUCAGUAACCAGUGUACUAACUAGCACCUCAAUGCAAAACUUUUCAAAUGUCCAAAGUGCCAAAUCACACAAGGUGCACAAAAAGAUCACGUUAUUUUUACAGGUUUACAACCGGGUGAGAGGUUUGUACUUUGAAAACCAAGUCAUUUAUUUGGUCUUAAACGGACAUUAUUUUUACCUACUGAGAUUUUGGGAGGAAUUAUUUUUCACUCCCUUCCUAUUUGCACUUUUGGUAGGAAUGAGUCGGGGUAGAGCUAACUUAGAAAAACUGCAGAAGCAAUGCAAGAAACCUCAGUGCUACUCAACAGUUAGAGUAUGUGCUUAAUGGAUGAAUUUGGCCAAAAUGUUAAAUUCAUUGUAGCAGCAAAGGAGAAUCAGGACGGUGUUCCAGUGUUAUAGGCAUAUUUUGUAAACAGGCUCCAUCCAUAGAAAGACGUUAAAUGUGUGUUCAUUGCUGUUUAUGUGUAAACAUUGUCCCCUUGUUCAGAUAAUGUUCAGCUAAAUACAGUCUAACAUCUUUUUGUUAAGGCCCAAGUAAUAGUGAAGGCACAUAACAGCCUUAUUUAUCUGUAACAUUUUGGUUCAGUCAUCAUUUAUUUCAAUGCCAUUUCCAACUACUGAUUCUACCAAGAAUCUACAAAGCUGUGUGAAACUGUGUUGACUACUGUAAUGUAUUUUAUUUUAUUUUAUUUUUUUAUAGUGCAUUUGUUGUCCACCAGCCACCUCGGUUCUGUUGUUUGUCAUUGUCUUGUUGGUCUUUAAUGGUAAUUCAAAAUAAGUGAUUGUGGCCCUUAGUGAACAAGCAAACCCCCUUAACUGGUUGCUAAAGCUUUCCAGAUAUUGCACAGAAUCAUUUAACUUUCCAUUGUAAUUCCUACUGACUGGUUGUGAUGUUGCAUAACCUGGCAGUGUACGGCAAAACUAAUGAAAUGUAAUAUGUUUGUGGAGACCACAGAAAAAAGUAAUGCCUAAUAUGUUAGCUACUUAAAUAUAAAUCAGUUCACCAAUAUACAUUAUAAAACACAAGGUUGUCUGUGCAAAUGUACUUGGAUUGAGAACUGUCCAGUGGAGCACAAACAUUUAUUUUCUCCUCUAUUUAUUUUCUGUAAUAAUCAUAAACUGAGAUGUGAUACUUUCCCAGCAUUUGAAUUGUUUGACGAACUGAAACGUGCUCUGACGUUGUACCAAGCCAAACAAUUUUUCCUUUGAAUAAAGGAUUUGACAUUAAAAAUUAAUUUCACUACCAUGAUGAUAGUCUCAAAACAAAUAAACCAUAUUUUCCUUGCUGGUA